AUGUCUGAAAUAUUCAAAGCUAGUCACAGGAGAGUGUAUGGUCACCACAGUAAUAGUAGCAGCAGCAGCAGCAGCAGCAGUAACAGUAUCAGCAUGAGUCCAAGUGGUAGUGCUAGCAACAGAAAUAGUACCACGAGCGGUAUUAGUGACAACAGGACAAAACUUUCUCAUGAUAUAGUAGCAGGGGCUGCCUCCUUUGAGGCCACCAGAUUGUUUGAGGAUAAGCAUCGAAAAAACGGGAAACCUGUUAGUCAUGCUUUUGCCAAGAAAACUCUUACUGCAUUUGCUUCUUCUGAGGUGGAUAAAUUAUUUGAAGUGAAGGAAUUGAGUCAUUUGGAUAAGAAUCAAAUAAAAAGUGAGGCAAUAAGAAUGGUUGAAAAAGAAUAUGAGACCUACUAUGGUGGUCAGAAGCAUUGGUCUCCAACUUUUAAACCAAUAACUUGGUAA